AUGAUAUUGAGCGAGUCCACGCAAAGACCCGUUGUUCGAAUUGGCCCCAACGAAUUGUCGUUCGCAACCGAAGAGGCCCUCAAGACGAUCCACAAUCCCGGGCCGGACAGCGGCCACUUCACGAAGCAGGGAACCAUCGAGUCGCUUCUCGCAAAACUCAUUUGGGCCGCGCCGAACCUACUCACGACCACGGAUAAGACGGCCCACAAACGGCUCAGAACUGCGUUACAGCCUGCCUUUACGGCUAAGGCGCUGAUGGAGCAGGAAGACAUCGUCCAGCACCACGUCAACAGGGCUGUCGAGAGCUUAGGCGCAGAACUGACCGACAAAACGGCCGUUAGCAUCAGCGAUCAUGUCGGUAAAAUGAUCUGGAGUAUUGUUGGUGACCUGUCGUUUGGAGAGCCGCUAUUGCAUGACCAGAUGAGUACGGCAAGCCGCAUUACCGGGUUCCCCGUGCAUGAGCUGACAGACGGAUACAGGCACGUAUGA